GUCUCGGCCGGCUCAGCAGCCUCAGAGAUGUUUGGAUCGUCUGAAAUGGACGGAAAAUUUACGAGGCAUCGGUGCAGCGCCAUGGAGGCGCUGCAGCGCCUCUGGCAGCAAGCGGUGGCAGCACAUGCAUCAAAACCAGCGCUCACGCACCAACGCGACGGGUCCGUGACGACGUUCGCGGAACUGCACGAGGCCGUCGAGGCCCUCGCGAGCGAGCUGCGCGCCGCCGGCGCCACCGCCGGCCGGGCGGUCGCCUACGCCGUCGACGAGCGGGCGGCGCCGGCGAAGGCCGUGGUCUGCCAGCUCGCGUGCCUCGCGGUGGGCGCCGUGUACUGUCCCACGGACGACCCGGGAUCUCGCGAGCGAGCUGCGCGCCGCCGGCGCCACCGCCGGCCGGGCGGUCGCCUACGCCGUCGACGAGCGGGCGGCGCCGGCGAAGGCCGUGGUCUGCCAGCUCGCGUGCCUCGCGGUGGGCGCCGUGUACUGUCCCACGGACGACCCGGCGGCGACGCGCGCCGCCCUUGCGCCGGCCUGCCGCGUCGACGCCGACGGCGUUGAGAGGUUUGCCGACGCGCCGGUGGCGUGGCUGCCGGACGCGCUCUACGCCCUCGCCACGUCGGGCACAGGCGCCGGCGGCCGCAAGGCCGUCGUGGGGUCGGCGGCGGCGACACUGCACCGGCUGCGCUGGGAGUGGGACGCGUUCGCGGGGGGCGCCGCGCUGCUGCGGACGCCGGCGGUCUUCGUGGACAGCGUCGCGGAGGUCCUCGGCGCGCUGCUGCGCGGCGACGGGCUGCUUGUUCCGUCCGGCGCGGACGCGCUCCGGUGCGCGCGCGACCUGGGCGCCGCGAAGGUGACGCUCACGCCGUCGCUGCUCGCGGCCUGGCUCCGGGCGGACCCCCAGCUCCCCGCGUCGCUCCCGGCCGUCGCGCGCUGGCACUGUUCGGGCGAGCCGCUGCCGCGCCGCCUGCGCGACCGCUUCCUGGCGCGGCGCCUCGCGUCCCAGACGCUCGUCAACAUCUACGGCUGCACCGAGACCGCCGCCGAUUGCGCCUUCGCCGUCGAAACGGCCCCGGGGCGGUGCGCGUGCGGCGGCCUCCGCGCGCUCCCCGGCGCGACGGUCGCCGUCGACGGCGGCGAGAUCGUCGUGCGCGGGAAGACGCUGGCGCUCGGCUACGCUGCGCGGGGCGACCUCGUCCGCCCGAGCUUCGACCCACCCGAUCUGGGCGCGGCCGGCCCGGGCCCGCGCUUCGAGGCGGCGAGCGGGGCGUUGGCGUUCCGGACGGGCGACGCGGGGACCGCGUGCGCCGCAUGCGGUGCCGUGAUCUGCGGCGGCCGCCUCGACGACGUCGUCAACGUGCACGGCGUGCGCGUCUCGUGCAACGACGUCGAGGAGCGCCUGGGCGCGGGCGUCGCGGUGGUCGUUAGGGACGGUCAUCUGGUGGCGUGCUGCGAGGACGUCGAGGACGCGCGGCGCCGCGCGGCCACGAUCCCGGCGCGGUACCGGCCCGCCGCGUUCUGCGAGGCGUCCCCGCUGCCGCGCGGGCCGACGGGGAAGGUCGACCGCGCGGCGCUGCGGCGGCUCGCGCCGAAUCACGCGGCCCCGGCGCCGGCCGCGGCCGUGCCACGCCCGACCACGGCCACGACGGCCGUCCUCGACGCCUUCGCGGCGGUCCUCGGCCGGCCCGUCACCGGGGAUACUUCCUUCGCGGCGCUCGGCGGCACGAGCCUGCAGGCCGUCGAGGCGGCGUGGCGACUGGGCGUCGCGCCGGACGACGUGCUGAGCUUAAGCAUCGGCGAGCUCGCGCCGCUCGUCGAUAAGUCUCGCGCCCCGGCGCCGCCCACCGACGACAAUGCUCUGGCACCGCCGCCGCCGAAGCGCGCCCGCACGGCGACACUGCGGCGCGCGUGGUCGCUCCAGCUCAAGGCCUGCGUCGACGCGGCGGUGGCGCUCUUCGACGACGGCCGCAAGGGCCUCGUGGCGUCGCACGGCCGCGACCUCGUGUGCUUCGACACGCGCAGCGGGGCGGCGCUCUGGACGGCAGGCGUCGGCCUCGGCGCGAGCCUCGCCGGAGAGGCGGACGCCGCCGUCGAGGCCCCUUGUUUGAUCGUGGGCGGGGCGGCCUUUGUCGGGGGGUACGACGGGAGGGUCUACGCCGUGGCCGUAGCGGACGGGACUCUAAGAUGGACGUCGGCGCCGUGCGCGGGCCCGAUCAAAGGCGCGGCGACGGCGCUCGACGCGACGACCCUCGUCGUCGGCUCGCACGGCGGAUUCGUAAGGGCUCUUGCGCUCGCCGACGGAUCCGUGCGCCGGACCUCGGAGCACCUCGGCGGCGCGGUCUUCGCAGCUCCUACCUUAGCUGGUGAGGUCCUCGUCGUGGCGACGACCGCCGGCGCGGUGCACGGUCUCCAGGCGGCGACGCUGGCCCCGCUAUGGCGCAAAGCCGGCGCGCCCGUGUUUGCGCAACCCGUGGUCCACGAGGAUGCAGUCAUCUACGGCGACGUCUCCGGCGCGGUCCACGCGGUCUCGCACGACGACGGCGCGGGACGCUGGUCCAUCGUCGGAAGCGCGGCGCCCGUCUACGCGCCCGUGGCCGUCGUCGGCGCGAACGUCUGCGUCGCUGACGACCGGGGCGGCCUCGUCUUCCGCGACGCGACCAGUGGCGCUUUGAAGCACCGGCGAUCGGUUCCCGGGGCGAAAUUCUUCAAGGCACCUGCGCUCGUGUCCGAUACGCUCGUCGCCGUGUCUACCGACGGCCGAGUCUUCGUCGUUUCCGCGACUGAUGGCGCGCCCAUCGCCGAGUGCGACCUCGGCGCGAAGGCGUUCUCGGCGCCGGUCAUCGUCGGAUCGCGAGUCUUCGUUGGAGCACGCGACGACCGCCUUCACGCGAUCGAUAUGUUGUAA